CGCAUCUGGUAAGGCUUCAACACACCCAACAUGGCGCCCACCGCCAGCCCAACCCAGAGGACCAACCCCACUCCCUCCCGCGCGUCCUCUCCUUCCGCCCGCUAUCUAUGGUUCGCGCAUGCGCAGCAUUGUGCCGGCCGGCUCCACAUUGGCGGAAGGGCUCGGAGCAGCCGGUGUGAGAUGGACGCCACCGGCGGGGAGGAGCUGGACAUGGAAGUAAUGAAGCCCUUAAUUGAUGAACAAAGUUCAGAUGUUUCGGAUGAGGAGCGUGAAAACAAAUUCCUGCCAGUUGAGAAGCAUUACCAACUUGACAGUAAAGACGGCAUUACGUUUGUACAAACGCUUACUCACCUUCUAAAAGGAAACAUUGGAACUGGGCUUCUUGGUCUUCCACUUGCAAUAAAAAAUGCUGGCAUUGUGGUUGGACCAGUCAGCCUUGUGCUCAUAGGAAUCAUAUCCAUUCACUGUAUGCACAUCUUGGUACGUUGCAGCCACUGUCUAUGUCAGAGGAUGAAAAAAUCCUCACUGGGUUACAGUGAUACAGUUAGUUAUGCCAUGGAAGUGGGGCCUCUGACUGCCCUGCAGAAAAAAUCCUCUUGGGGAAGGUAUAUUGUGGACUUUUUCCUAGUGAUAACACAGCUGGGAUUUUGCAGUGUUUAUAUUGUGUUCUUAGCAGAAAACGUUAAACAAGUCCAUGAAGGACUUUUGGAAAAUGAAACUGAUAUAAAUGUCAGUGUUACCAGCAAUUCUUCAGAGAAAAGGAGUACUGAUUUACGAAUAUACAUGCUUUGUUUCCUGCCAUUUAUGAUCCUUCUGGUCUUCAUUCGUGACCUGAAGAGGCUGUCCUUUCUUUCAUUGCUAGCCAAUCUCUCCAUGGCUGUCAGCUUGGUGAUCAUUUACCAGUAUAUUGUUAGAGAUAUAGCAGAUCCUCAAAGACUGCCUCCCUUGGUUGGCUGGAAGAAAUAUCCGCUAUUUUUUGGAACAGCAGUAUUUGCUUUUGAAGGAAUUGGUGUGGUGCUCCCAUUGGAAAACAGAAUGAAGGACACUGCACGUUUCCCACUGGCACUGAACAUUGGCAUGGGGAUCGUUAUGACCUUAUAUAUCUCAUUAGCCACUCUCGGGUAUCUGCGCUUUGGGGAUGAAAUUAAAGGCAGCAUAACAUUAAACCUACCACAGGAUCAGUGGCUGUACCAAGCUGUCAAGCUGCUCUUCUCCUUUGGGAUUUUCUUCACCUAUGCUGUGCAGUUCUACGUCCCUGCUGAGAUCAUCAUUCCAGCUUCCACCUCCAGAGUGCAGCAGAAGUGGAAGUUACCCUGUGAGCUCGUGGUGAGAGCGCUGCUGGUCUGCUCAACCUGUGCUGUAGCGGUUCUGAUCCCUCGCCUAGACCUGGUGAUCUCUUUGGUUGGAGCUGUCAGCAGUAGCACUCUGGCUCUGAUUCUGCCACCUCUGGUUGAAAUCCUCACUUUCUACAAGGAAAACCUACAUCUGUGGACAAUACUUAAAGACAUUUCUAUAGCUGUCUUUGGAGUGGUUGGAUUUUUAACAGGGACAUACGUGGCAAUUGAAGAAAUCAUUUACCCUGCAUCCACAGUUCUAGCUAACACAACUGAGAGCUUCUCUGCUGUUUUAAAUACUACAGACUUGGUGGUUGGUUUAAAGUAGGAAUGUGAUGCUGUGAACUGCUUCGUUCCUUAUUGAGAAUCCAGGAUGGAUGGCAGGCCUACAUGUGGGAUAAAUUCAAAGGGAUUUUAAAUGAAUCCAUGAAAAAUCACAUGUAGGCCUCUGUUCUUUCUCUCAUUAUUUCAGGUUUACUACCUGAGUUAACCCCUUUGUUCUCAGUCUUCUCUGUUCAUCUCAUUAAAAACUGAAUUGGUCAGGAUUUAAGAUAUAUAUAUAUGGAUGUAGGAAAGAAAUAUGAAAUUAGAUUGUUUGCAAGACAGAGGAAUAGUUUUCCUAAAGAAGUCAAAAUGCUUUCCUCCUCAGAGAGGUGGAAGUCUGUCCAUUCAUCAUAUCUAGAUGCAAAGCAUAGGCACUACUGUUUUCUCUCCAGCCCUGUUUUAAGGGCUUAGGUGGGAGUUAAAUGAUGCAUUGACCUGCUCUUGACUGUCUCCAGUAGGGUCACCCCCAUGAGCCAGAAACACUAGUUUUUUAUUUCCAUUCUGAGGACUUUGAUACUUGCUUUGGAGAAGCUUUGGGGUGGUUACAGUUGUGUGGCUGUGGUCCCUGAGAGCUGGUUUGUCUUAAUCUUAGGGCACUGUGCAGAAUGACAGUGGCUCUCAUUCCCUCUUUUCACAUUGGCUCCAACUGGAAGGACUAAUCCCUCCUAGAAUAGGCUGGAGGAACAGCAUGACCACUGCUGCUGGUGAGCUGUGUGACAGUUGGGUAAAGACGUUUUUUCAUGCUGACCAUAUGAACACUUAAGGUGAAAAAUGGACAAGGCUGACAGAGAAGCAAGGCUUAGAGGUAAAGGUAGGAUUCUUUGUUAGAUUGAAAGAGACAGUUAUGUGUGCUCUUUCCAUCUUGUGUGAUCUGUUACCAUGAGGUGCUCAGCAUGGUUACGUCCAGGCUCCAUAAGGCACAAAUAAUGAAGUAAGUAGUUUAUUUUUGUAUAUUUUUGUAACUGCUGCCCUAAUGUUUUUUUAUACCAUUAUUUUGCUCUUAAUUACAACUCUUGAAAUGUAUAAAACUAUAUAUAUGUAUUUUCCUUUACAUCUUGCUAGAAGUCUAUCCAUUAUAUUUCUAUUGGAAGAUAAUUAUUUUUGCAUUCUGCCUUAAAUAGAAUCGAACAUGCCCUUCACUGAUUUUUGAUUCUUAUCUCCAUUUUGGAAGAAGAAAAAGAACGUGUUAUUAAGUUGGUAAUUGGGUAGAAAUGAGUUUUGUCCAGCCUGCCUGCAUACUGAGUCCUCAACUGAAAUCCUGCUUUUCAGGGCUCAUAUUUGACUUUCUGUCUCACAUUGCACAGAUGAAAUUCAGUCCAAAUGCCAAAGCAUUGUAUUUUGGGUCUUGUUUCCUUAAAAUCACUCCAUGUUUUGUAAAACAACAGAACUAUUUUUAUCACAGUCUUUCUUUUUGUGAGGAAAUUCCUUCUCUAAAAGAUGUACUUCAUUAUAACAUUCCUCUGUGAAAUAUGGUAUGAUAAAACCUCUCCAUUCAUACUGGUUAACAUAAGAAUAUAUAUAAUAUUUGGUUGUCCUUGGUAUCUGUCUCGGAAAUCUACCACUUGGUAAUCUACCAUUUGUCAUUAGAGAGAUAAAAUAUUAUUGUCCUAGAUACAUCUAUAUUUAUACUUUCUGAAUUGUUCUCCAGUCAUCUACCAUGUACUGACUCUAUUGGAGCACUUUCUUCUCCAUGCUUAUAAAGACAUUUCUGUUAGGAAUUUCUGCAUGUGGUUUGAGCUGCCUGUAUUUGUUCAAGCAAUAGUUCUGAGCAAUGCUCUUAUUUUCCAUUUAGUACUGACAAGGUUAAAUACUUGGCAGGCACUUUAAAGGCACAAGUCUCAAUGGGUUUAAUGCUAUAGUGUUAACGUUUUGUGUGAAAGUGUUGCUGAGGAGCAAACACAGGUAAUUAUCAGAGGGGCAUAAAGUAGCUUCAGCUUUAUCUCUUAAAGGCUUUUUGGUCUUUAAGCUGUUUGAAAAGACAUCAAAGCUAAAUGUCUCUGUGCUUGGUAAUAAAUCUGUUGUAAUAUGUAACAUUGUUAUGUAACUACAUAACAAUAGACUAUUUCUGUGCGGCAAGUUUCACUUGAUAUAAAUACUCCAACCGGAACCUGUUUCAGUAGGAUUGUUAAAAUUUAAAUGAAAGUUAUUUUUUCUCGUUAGUUUUGUGUCUUUCUCUGUGUGUUUGGAGAAUGGUCGAGUCCAUUCGUAUCAUCUCUUCCUCAGUGGCUGUGUCCCACUGAUGUGUCUCAGCUCUGAGAAAGCCACGGUACAGCAGAUCUUGACCAGCUCCGAGUCUGUUGGUACUUUUUGACUGGUGCAAGUGAAUACUGACGCGAAGAUUUGCUGAGCUCGGUAGGUGGCCAUGAUACCCUGGUGAAUGCAGCCAUGUUUUGAAACCAAUAUCACCUGUUAGAAGCGUGGUAGGUUUGAAGAAUCUAAUCUGAGCUGUUGAACUUUGGGUAACCUGGUCCAAAUGCAGGUUUCACUGCUGUGCCUCACCGUGGAUCACUUAGUAAAGACUUACUGCAUUGACUGGCCAGAUAUGAAGUAGUGUUUUUAUGCAGUGGGUCAGUGUUGCUGUGUCUAAUGGUGUUUUAUCUUUCGAACCUUUAAAAUGUUUGUUGAUAUAUUUUACACAGUGUUUCUCCUACAGUGUAGGAUUUUUAUGGCUUUAACACUCGCACAGAGCAUUUGUGUGGCCUGUUCUUUCAAAUAGAAAGAUUGAAGGAUUGGAAUAUCUUGCUUUGGAUGCCACUAAAAUUUUUGUUAGUACAACUAAAAUAGAACUACUCUGUCUGAAUAACAAGAGCGAAUAAUAAGAUGCUGUGAAACAUUGCCAAAGACUUAAAAGAUGGGAAAUCUGACAGAAGGCUCUUGUGAAUUACAAGGGUGUUCAUUUAGCUUUUAAAGUACUGUAUUAUAAAUUUCAAGUUAAGAUGGGGGGAGUGAAACUCCAAAUUUAGUGGUUACGGUUUACAUUAAUAUAUAUUUAAGAAGGAAGUGUACUUGAGCUUAAGCUAAUUUAAGCAGAAAAAUGUGGUUGGUUUAUGUUCUCAAGAAGGAACAGAAAGCUGUAUUUAUAUACUGUACAUGCAGUUACAUUUAACAAUAUGAUAUUGUCAACUGUUUCAAUGUAAUUUAAUUAUUAGCUUCAUUGUAAGGACCUGAAUAAUUUUCUUGUCUGUAACUUUUCAUCCUGAAAUUCUGGGCAAGGAAAGGGGUGACUUUGCCUGAUGUUCUGUAACUUAAAUCUUCUGCAUCAAUAAAGACUACAAUAAUAUCUUCCUCCUAA